GCUCUCGUUUCCGUUCCUGGGCUGCUCGGGCGUGCUUGUCCUUCAUCUCAACCCGAGCGAAAUCCGCCAGUGUCUUUGCACCAACUUGUCUUCAUUAAUCCUGCCAUCGCAUCGUCUGUCCCGAUCCUGUUUCGCCUCCCGCAACCUGUCCUCGCUUGCACAUUAGACACUGCCAUGUCUGCGUUUUUUUCGCCAUUGUCACCAAGCAUCUCGCACGCUCCCCGCGAGCUUCCCUUGCCUGCCUUCCCGCCCGAAGCCGCUGUGGACUUGGAGCCACACGCCUCCACCGACGCCGACGUCGACACCGGCGCCCCGAACGACAUCGUCGCCACCAUCAACCACAAUACCAUCGUCAACCCCAUCGCUGUCGAGGACUCGCUAAAAAGUAUGGUGACCACCGCCCUGGAGAUGAGCGAAAUCCAGACCCCGCCUGAAUCCGAGUUCUCCAGCGCCACUGCCACCAACUCAACGCCGCCCUCGGAGACACCCCAUGAGACGGCCGAACGUCUGGCUUCGCUCAAGAACCGUCUGCAGGCCCUGACCGCAAAGCAUGUAGCAAAACCCCAUCCGUACGAUCCUCAGCAGCUCUCGAUAGUCACAUCUCCCUCCUCGUCUCCGCGCCUUCCCGACCCAAUUUCUCCCCAGGCCUGGUGCACCUGCGAAAACAGCCCCGACCGUCAAACGCUACCAAAGUGCAAAACAUGCCACAAUGACAUUCGGGUCAUCUCUGAUCUGCUCACCGUCAAGACCCGGUUAGUCGAAGACCUGACGUACACAAAAACCAAGCUGAACGCCCUGCUCAAACGCGAAGACUUUACUAUCGAAGAAAUGACGCUGUUGCGCACCCAGCUCGAGCAGGCCACCGCCAAGCUCGAGGAGAAGGAUGAGGAGCUCGAGUCCACCAAGAACGACCUGGCCCGCAUGAGCGAGAAGCUUGUCGAGGAAAUCGAGAAGCGUGCAGAGCUGCAGCACUCCAAAGACGCAGUCCAAGACGAGCUGGAGGAGCUGACAAAGACCCUGUUCGAGGAAGCAAACGACCUCGUCGCCACCGAGGCCCGCAAGCGGCACUAUCACGAAACCCGUGAGAAGGCGCUGGAGCGCCAGCUCGAGGAGACCAAAUCCCAGCUGCAGCUCGAGCAGAUGCAGCUCCAGGAGCUCAAAGAAAAGUACGAAAAGUCACAGGCCCUGUAUGAGUACAGCAACACGCUCAACUCGCACGCCAUGCUGCAGCGCCGGUCGUCCCUGACGCCGCUGUCGCCUGCGGCGGUUAGUGCCACCCGGGACCGCAACAGCAUGACCAUGAUCUCCAACUCACUCGACAGCGAGCAGUCACUCGCCGACAUCGUCGACCCCAAUCUGCUGGCCGAGUUCAAAGAAUUCCUGGUGAGCGCGCCGACCCUCAAGCUGAACAAACUGGCUGCCCUGCUAUUCAUGCGCAACGCCCUUGAGGACGAUGUCAGCCCCUGUCUGCGCUUUGGAGGCAACCCGCGAACGUCGACCCGCAAGCUGGUCGACUCGAUCAUGAGCAACUCGUGCUUCAUCGAGGAAAUGACGCCGCGCUACCAGACCGCUCUCCAGCACCAGUACGACCACAUCGAAAAGGAGGCCCACGAGGCCGAGCUCCUCAAGCCCAGCAACAAGGCCCAGACCAGCCCCCUGACCGUGCCUCUUGAGGCCUCCGACUCGGCCAAGGCUCCGACGGCACUGCUCUUCAACAAGACCGUGAUCGAGCGCUUCACCACCUUUGGUAUGAGCACCCUCAACUCGUCCUCACACUCGGGCCAUCUUGUGCGCGGCUGCUCGACAUGCGGCCGGUCGGCCCGACAAACACCCUGCCGCUACCAUUUCCGCACCUCGGAGUUGCCUGAGGACCCGUGGUACCCGAUCUGCCUCAACUGCCGCGACCGCCUGGUGGCCGUGUGCGAGUUUUACCAGUUUGUGUCGCACGUCCGGCAAGGUGUGUACACCUCCAGACGGCCAGAGCAUCUCUACGUCGAGAUGAUUGCCCUCAAGCGCAAGAUGUUCUACGCCCGCAUUGGCGCGGCCCAGUACGUCGCCAGUGAGGAGUCUCAGCUUCCCAACGACUACGUCUCGAUGGCUGCCCUGCCCCAGCUGCCCGCCAUUGACGAGCUCGAGUCGCGAACGAGCUCCCAGAUUGAUCGCGAGGGCGAGCCGGCCGAGCCUCCCCAGAUCCAGAUCCAUGUUGAGGACGAGCAGCAGCCCGCUCCGGAAGCAAUCGAAGUUGCCACAGAGUAAUUUGUGCAGACGAGUUGUGCUCAGCUCCGCGCCCCAUCGUUGCCGUCGCACGGUCUCUGUGCCGCUCAAGCAACUCCAACACCUUGUUCAUAUCAAUCCUAGCAAGCAUGUCCAUCCCGA